AUGUUUUCGGCUGAAAAGGCCCAGGAUGAGGCCAGUGUCUCAACCGACAGCGGGAGAAUUGGCGAUGCGACCGUCACCCGCGAAACGGGAUUUCUAGCCAAGCUACGCAGAUUUGAAGAAAGAUUGGAUGCGAAACUGGGAAUCGAAUCAGAAGCCAUCAGUCGGAAACUGCCAGAAGAAAAGGGCCACGUGCCAUGGCAUCAGCAACUCAACAUGUUCUUUUUGUGGGCGUCCGGAACGAUGAACACGUCUUGUUUUGCCACUGGUCUGCUUGGACAUGAAUUCGGGUUGACGCUUCGCCAGAGCAUCGUCAUCACCAUCUUUGCGUCUAUCCUUGGUGGCGCUGCGACGGGGUUCGCGGCCACUUUUGGUGCGCCGACUGGAUUGAGACAAAUCUCUGUGUCAAGAUAUGCGUUUGGAUGGUGGCCUAACAAGCUCAUUGCUGCCCUUAACACUAUUGUGCAGAUUGGCUGGGCGUCUGUGGCAUGCAUAACGGGUGGUUUGGCACUGACUGCUGUAGCGGAUGGCCAUAUCUCCCUGAUCGUUGGCAUAGUCAUCCUGGCUGUAGUUGCCACAUUCAUUUCCUUCGUCGGUCUGCGAGCCAUCCUGGUGUACGAACGCUAUGCGUGGUUCGUCUUCUUCAUCAUCUUCAUCAUCUUCUUCGCAGAGACUGGCAAGUACGCGGACAACAGCAAUACGACCCAACUAAAAGGCGCGGACCUCAGUGGACAGGUUCUGAGCUUGAUUGCUAUUGUCUAUGGUAGCUCAGCAUCGUGGCAGACUAUGGCUUCAGAUUACUACGUCCACUACCCGGUCAAUGUCUCUCGUUGGAAAGUCUUUCUCAUGACAACCUUCGGUAUCGCGAUUCCCACUUCCAUCGGCAUGUUAGCAGGCUGUGUGGUAGGAUCCGGCAUGAACAACCGACCAGAGUGGCAAGAGAUAAACGACAAUGAGGGUCUCGGCUUCCUCAUCCAGGCCAUGCUCUACCCACGCGGUUUCGCAAAGCUGAUUCUCACUCUCCUUGUCCUCUCAGGUAUAAACGUCAACGUCAUUUCCAUUUACAGCGCCGCCAUCUCUUGCCAGCAGUUCGCCCGUCCUUUCGCGCGCGUCCCCCGCUUCAUCUGGAUCCUAGUAUGUUUCGCCGCCAUCCUUGGUCUCGCUAUCGGCGGUCGCGAGCAACUAAGUGUCUACCUUGAGAACUUUCUUAGUCUCCUCGGCUACUGGACUACCCAGUAUUUUGUCAUCCUCUGCAGCGAGCACGUCAUCUUCCGUCGCAUGAGCUUCGACAACUACGAUCUGGAUGCAUGGAACGACCCCAGUCGUCUACCGCUUGGUAUCGCUGCUGGCACAGCUUUCGUCAUCGGUAUCGUUGCAUGGAUUAUGGGUAUGGUGGAAACUUGGUACGUUGGACCGCUUGGAGGGCUUAUUGGAGCCGAUGGUGGUGAUAUCGCGAACGAGUUCACGUUCAUUGUAACAGCGAUUGUGUAUAUACCUGCGCGGUACCUUGAGAAGAAGAUUGUUGGGAGGUAG